ACUCAGCAAUUCAGUCUGCGAGUUUUUCACCGAUUUUUUGCAUCUUCGCCGUAUAGGUCCCUCUUCCAUCCCCCUUGCCAAUAUUUGCUCCUAUCUUUUGGCUUAUUGGAGCAGAGAAGCCCGCCUUGGUAUUGGCUCUGGAGCAGACUCCGAGAACCAUGGAAUCGAAGAACUGAGGAAUCGUGGAAUCGAGGAACCGGCACUAAGCUAAUUUGGCCUUGGUGGGAAGAGCACAGGACUGAACGGAGCCCACGAAUGGACAUAGAACAAAGGCAGCAGCCACCACGAGGAGGGUUCGUUCGAGCUCACACGUACGGUUUUACGAGGGAUUCGACAGUUUCCCAAGGAGGACUCCAGACACGAUUCGUGAACGCGAGAUGCAUUCUGGCUGAGAAACGAGAUGGGAAUCCGAUAGAAGCCGAAUGUGAACUACCGGAACGUUACCGGGUUUCGCCUAUUUCCUUUCCCAUCCUCAACUAUUCCCAACUACCUCCAGCAGCCACCUUGGAAACGAUCUCCAGCUCUUAUCCGUCCGAGUCCGGUGAGAUUCGACUUUAUUCGAGAAAUCUUUAAGUGUUGUGACUCACUAGUUCCUGGAACGAUGUCCAAUAAAUUUCGGUAAUCAAGGCGUCGCCGCAAUGACAAUUCCUCUGGCAUUUGUCAUUUUUCCUUACCAUCCUUAUCUUCCUUAAUUCGUUGAGCCAUCAGUCUCCAGGUGUAACGGAGAAAAGCAC